UGGCGGUGCAGUUUAAUCGAUGUUUGUGCGUUAAGGCUUGUCACAACCACAGAGUGAAAUUGAGAAAAUAUUUGUCCGACCAGUUUUUGCAUAAACUAAUAUAAUACUGAUAAACUCGAAACUACAAACAACAACAGUAAUUUUGACUUGUUAUUUCAUCGAGUUUUGCAAUGCUAGAUUUGACUCAUUGAUGUACCUGGGAUAUUAGAGGUUGCUACAUAUGUGAGUGAUAAUGACUUCUUUAAAUGAAACAACAGUUUUAUGUCGAACCAGGGCUCAGGAUUUGAGGAGUGUGAAAAAGCUUAAUUGCUGGGGCAGUGAAUUGUGUGAUGUCAGCAUUAUUAAGCAUAUGCCUAAUGUUGAAGUUUUGUCACUAAGUGUGAAUCAUCUAUCAAGUUUGGCUGACUUUGCUCACUGCCCGAACCUUCAAGAACUUUAUAUAAGGAAGAACAACAUUUCUAAUAUCAAUGAAAUUUGUUACCUACAAAAAGUACCAAAACUUCGAAGUCUUUGGUUAGCUGACAAUCCAUGUGCAGAGAAAGAAAAUUACCGCAUGACAGUCUUACGUGCAUUGCCACAUCUUCAGAAGCUUGAUAACUUAAUGGUUCAGCCAGAGGAAAUAGUCCGAGCCAAGAAAGAAGGUGAUAUUUUAAUCCAUCCUGAAGAUAUUGUAGAGAGGGAUGAAUCUCCAUUAGGAACCAGGGAGAUGCAUUCUGUAAAACCAGUUCACAUUCCAUCCUCUGUUCCACAAGCCAGAGAAUUUGAUCGCAAUGACUUAAGGAAGGAGGAACUUUGCCCAACUCGACCAGAAGUUUUAAUGGAGUUAGAUUUAAGAAAAGAAGAUAAUGUAAUGAAACAGGAACGUCGUGCUACUUCUCUCUUUGCCAGAGUUGAAAAAGAUCCUUUUGGUGAUGUUUACUCACCAGGAAAGGCUGAACACUGUCAGCCAUUUCACCUGACGUCGGAACCAUCCUCUCAGCAUGGUGUAGUUCCACACCAACAUGCUUUCCAUGCUCGUGUCCAAACCCUAGUUGAUCAUUCUGGUAGACGAUCUCGCAAAAAUGUAGAGCUUGGCUGUGAGAACUCCCUUAUGACAAGCACAAGUGAUGCUGCUUCCAUAGGACAUCCAAUCAUAGAUUCAAGAGAUCUUCAACAGGCUCUUGAAUCUGAUAGCAGUGGUUCCAUCGGAGAUGGAUAUCGUUAUGUCCACAGGGUCCAACCACUUGAGGUGCGUCAUAUUUCUCAUUCUGAUAAUGUGCAUCACAAUGGUUCCAAUCAAAAAGGUGACAAAGUAUCACCUACUCGUCUUCUUACAAAAGGAGGAAAGAAUAGGCAGAAUGCCAACAUCCUAUCAGCAGUUCUGUGCUUAAUUAAAGAGUUGGAUUAUGCAAGUCUUGAAGUUGUGGAGACAGCCAUUCAUUGCCGCAUGGAAGAAAUGGAUGAUUAAUUACCUCAAAUAAAGACCAUAUUUUGAUGGUUUUAACUUAACAACAAUAACACUUGCAAAGGAAAUAAUUUUAAAUCUGAUUUUACAGUUCUACAGCUAUUAAGGAAAUAAUUUUAAAUCUCAUUUUACAGUUCUACAGCUAUUGUUGAAAAUUUGUCACCAUGAUGAAAAGAGUUGCCAAGUAGAGUGCUUUUCUUUUUUUUAAGGUAAUGUUAUUAAAAAUAAUUUCACAUGUAGUUUUAUUGCUGUGAAAGCUGAAUCUUAAGGAAAGUAAAUGCUAAUAGAACUUUAAGACCUUGCAAAAAAGUGCUAAUGAGUCUUGCAUAAUUUCCUUUACAUUUUGUAAAAUAUUAGAAAAAAAAAGGCUUGUACAGAGAACUAAUGUAUAUUCCAACGUAUUAUGCUGGUAUACCAGAUACUGCAUUGUGUUUUCAAUUUUCUACUGAUUUCUUUGUUUUAUUUACAAUGUACAGUCAUAAAAAUCAGAAAAUUAAUAAAUUUGAGCAUUUUAUUUGUACAUAAUUUGCCAUUUAGUUUAUACAUUUAUUUAUGCAACACCUUUAACUGAUAAAGUUCAUGUACUGAACUACAGAAGUUCAUUAGGUUGUGCCAUGCAUCCACAUGGUAUUAUAAUAAGUCUACAUUAAGACUGUUUAUUUUAGUAGAAAAAUCUGUAGAUUAUUUGUUUGAUAAAGGCUUAUGUGGUCACUAUUAACAUUUGUUAGUACUAUCAAAAAGGCAAUGUUCUUGAUUUAAGCAGAUAUCUACGUUAUUUAGUACAUUUAUUUUCUUGGUCAUUUCAGGUUUUAAUCAGAAUUUGGUGGUAAUUAUGUAUUUUAUAUUGAUCUAUAGUGGUUUUUUUUCCAAUUCAUAAAGCUUUUCAUACAAGUUAAUAUUUGCUAACAUUUCUUAGGUAUUGAAUAUAGCUGAAUAUUAUUUCCAGUAAAAAAAUAUGAAUUUUACAAAUAUUCAAAUACAAUUAAUACUGUCAUCAGGGUUUCAACUUUACUUCUAGGAAUGUGUAAUAUUAACAAGAACAAUUUUUACAAACAGAUGUAGCUGCUUUACUGAAAUAUAGAUUUUUGCAAGUUAUGGUGCAGUAAAAAUUUAUUUAUCAUUUUGACACUGUAAAAGAAGUGAAUUCAUGAUGUAGUUUCAUAUCAAAAUUUAAUAUGAAACUUCACAAGUUUUACUGUGUUUUCUCCUUACUAAGUUGUUUGUUCUUUGUGGACAAUAUUAGUAGGUAUCUAUUUUUUCCAUAAUAUUGUAUUAGGGCCAAGAGGAUCUUGUCUAGCUCUAGUUGUUAGACCCAGUGCUAAAUAUACUUAGUGAAAUUUAUCAUAUGUGAUUUACUCAGUUUAUCAGUACAGGUAACAUGUAUAUACAUAAGAAGGUAUAGUUGGAGAACAGGAGUUGUGGGAGAUAAAAUGUGAAACUGACUUACUUUCUUGCAUUUUUAGCUCUUACUUAAUGGUUUUGGUGAAGCAUUAUAUUUUAUUGGAAUAUUUUCAUAUAUCCAUUAAUUGUGUUUAGUUUUGAUGUUUGGUGUAUAAGGAGGUUUGUAGUGUAUGGAUUUAAAAACUAAUUAUUGGAUAAGAAAUUGUGCAAGAAAGUUUACAUUAGAAAUGAUUGCUGGCUCAAUAGUUUUACAUGGAAGUUUAUGGCUUGGGAAGCUAAGAAAUGAUCACUGGCUCAGAGUUUGUAAGUUAAAAAUUUUUUUUUUUAGGGUGGGAGUAUUCAAAGUUUUGCACAAGGUCCAGGAAAAAUUCAGAACAGAAUCCUGAUGUCCAAGUAUUAUUUGCGUAUAUAUUUACAAUCUAAUUUGUGUUGAAUUUGAAAUUAAGCACAUAUUAAAUGUUACAAUAGUAGUUAAUAUUACUGUCUAAUUGUAAUCUGGGUAGUAAGUAAUGACUUGCAGUCAAAGGGAAUGUGGAGGCUCAUGGCAGUUAUUAUAUCCCCAUUGGUUGCUUUUGACAAGAUUCAUAGUGGAGAAAAAUUACUACCGAACAUUGUCAAAACAGAUGUCAGAUUUUUUAGCUAUGUCUAAUUUCCUUUUGGAAGUAAAUUUAUAUUUUCAAUUGGUUAGACAAUUUAUCCAAUACAUCAUUAGAAAGUGGAAUUGCUACUUGUUCUUAAGAUAUAGUUUGUUAUAUAAUUUUGCUCUGCCAGCUAGAGAGAGAGAGAGAGAGAGAAUUUGAACAGUUGGAGACAUCUGCAUUGUGAAGAUUAGAGAUGAAAGAUUAAAAUACUAUUGUGAUGAAUUUUGAAGAUAAUUUAUCUUUAAAAUUAAAGAGCAAAAGGAUUAAGGUCUUACAGAUUUGUGUAAAAUGUAAAACUUCCCAUCAGUUUGAGGGUCUAUAUUAGGAGUCAGUGAGUUAGUUAUUACAAGGGAUUGAUUUAAAUGUAUGCAUAUUUUAUUUUUCAAUUGGAGAUGAUGUAUUAUCCAUUGCAUUUUUUCUUCUGUCAAUCACUGUAAUCUAAUUGAUUACAUGGGUAUUUAAUGAUAUUAAGGGCAAGUGAUAAUCACAGCAAAACACAAAGCUGUAAUUGUGGAAUGGGUUUAAGUGAGAGCUAGAAGUAAGUGUACAAAUGAAUGCAGGUGAGUUAAAAACCACUAGAGAUAGCAGGCUUACAUGGAUCUGCAAAGACAGACAUUACACAGUGUUCAGCUACAUAUCUGUUUGUUGGAAUUAAUGUAGAAUACUCCAAAGAAAACUUGAAAAGGAACACAGUCCUUUAGGCCCUACGGUUCCAUCACAUGUGUAGAGUUAGUAAAGUUGGACAAUUAAUCUACUUAAUAUUAUGUCAUAAACAGAUGUUCUUUUUCACAUUAUCUGAGGUUUUCAAGCGUUUCUUUCUCUUGUGUUUCUGUAUUUUCCUAUCAUUGUACCUGGCUAUUAUUUAAAGUUUUGAUGUUAUAAAUGUAAAAGGUGAUAUUUAUGAGAUGGGGAAUAAUCUUUGCAUUAAACUGGUUACAGAUAGUAUUUAUAUUAAACCCCAAGUCCAUUUUGACUCUGCAACUUUAGUGUUAACUUAUCAGAAAAAAACAUUGAGGCACCAAAUUAUGGUUACAAAAAGUAAUUAAAUGUUGGUUUAUUACAUUUAAAAUAACAACUUUGAAGUUUAUUGACAUUUGUUACCGCUAUUUAUCAAGAGUAGAAGUAACAUAGAUUUAUUUCACGAUGUGGACACUAUCAAUAGUCAAGUCAUCUUUUUUUUCUAUUAUUGCCACAUUACUAAAAAAUACAGUUUUAUCAUACUAAAAAUCAUUGAAAGUUGGACAUGAAAAGAAGAGCAAUCAAAGCCAUCCUCAAACAUUUUCAAAAAAGCCUUUAGUAGGUAGUAUGCUUUCACUAAAAGUGGUUGAGUUUUUGACAAUUUCAGUAUCUGGCUGAUCAAAAUGUGAUUUUACUUCUCACAUUUCCAUUUCUAGCAAUUCAAAGUUGUUCUAAAUUGACAUAGACAACUACACUUGCCUAAUCUUCUUAGCUGUUUAAUGUACCAAUAAAGUUCUUGAAAUUGUUUUGUAAAAAAAAAACUCUUCAAAUUAUUCUAUUGUCCUCAGAUCCUUCAAGUGAGACAUUAGUAAGUAAUUUCCAUUGUCACAUGUUUGAUUUAAAGAUAUGGAGGAGAAAAUUUAUCUGCAAUAGAAAACACUAGUUAAGUAAACUUCAACACCUAAAUUUUCAAAAUUAGUCCAACUGCAUGAGCGAGCCAUUAGUUUUAGCUGUGUAAUCAUCUCGACUCUAACUGAUUUCUUUCAAAGUGCUGUUAGAACUUUGUUGAUCAGAAAGAUGCUAUUAAUAGAAGCAUUCAUUACUAAUAAUCUUUCAAAUAUGUUGUCUUUAUGAUGAACGUUUAUUACCUGUAUUAACUCAUAAAUAAUAGCUAUGCCAUUAUCAACAAAGUUACACUAUAUCCUGUAGACACAGAUUUAAAUUGUGACCCAAGCAAUGCAAAUACAAUUAUCAUUUUUUUUUCUUUUUUAACAAGAGCUUUAACACUAUUAUGCACAUCACCCAUACUUGUAGCAUCAUCAUAAGCUUGGCCUCUGCAAUGUGACAGUGAGUUUGGAUCAGCACAUCUUUGAUAUUACUAAGUAAUGUUAAAGAUUUGGUAUUCAACUGCACAAGACCAAGUGGCUCCUCUUGAAUUAAAUAAUUGCUAUAAAUCCACCAAGUGAUAUGCUCAUUACUACAAAUACCUGUUGUUUAAGCAAUUAUAGCAAACCAUUGUUUUUAAUACCAGUUAAAACCUGCUCCAUCACAAUGUUAUCCAUUUCCAUAUUAUGGUAAAUCUUUUAUUCACAAUUUCUAGUAAAAUGCAUUUCCUUGUGGAAUUGCAGUCUUUUAGUUCUGGGAAAGCUUCAUUUUAAAAAGUUAACUAACAAAAGUUCCCUUCAAAUGCUACAAGAUCUUUAUGAUGGCCUCUCAUUGGAAACACCUUUGUUUAACCAGGAAGUGAACACAUAAAAGCAAUUUUACAAAGAAUACUCGGUGACGUUUUUAAGUUAUUUCUAGUUGUGUAUCCAACUGAAUAGCAAUUGUAGUAUAUAGUGACUUAGCUUUUAUAUCACUUUCCAAUGUAGAUCUAGAUAAUUUAUUUCAUGCUGAGCAAAUUACUGAUGAUCUUUCUUCAAAUUACAAAACUCAUCUUUAAGAAAAAUAAUAUUUUUGGAAAAUUUAGAGAAGAUUCUUUUCUGAUAACUGUGAAUGUCACUACUGUGGUGAACCAAGUACCCUACAACACCUAAUACUGUCUUAAUGGACUCCAAAAAAUCUAUACCACUAUUCCAAGCCAAAGAAAGCAGGUGUAAUGAAGUUCUAUAGUAGACAGAUGCAACCUAGUUGGUAUGGAAAUCAGUGUGUUUACUAAUGUACUUUAGAGCUUAAAAAUAUUUUGUCAUGCAUAGAAAGCUGCUGAACACUAAUGGCUCUGACAUUUCAAAAUAUUAGAAAUCUGUUUUUCCUGAUGGUCAAAGUUGUAAUGAUUCAUAACUUGUUGACAUAUGUAUUCUACAUAAUUGAGUUAUUAAAACUUCAUUUUUUUUGUUCUAUAUGUAGGUUGUUUUUCAGCUACCAUACUAAGUGCUGGGUUGGGCUAAUUGGAUAGCCAGGUCAGGCUUGCUAACUAAUUAUUUGGUCAAGCAUGCCGACUUGUGUACAAUUUUAUUACACUUAAGACAUAAAAACAUUUUAUAGAAACUUCUACUCCAUGCUUCAAAAAUCCAUGAAAGUUUUUUUUCAUGUGCUAUCAUCAUAUAGAUGAUAUAAUGCUUGUUGUACAGCAUGGCUCAUUAGAGACUAGAUAUAAUGCUUAUUGUACACCAGCAUGGUUUAUUAGAAACCAGAUAUAAUGCUUAUUGUACACCAGCUUGGUUCAUUAGAAACCAGAUAUAAUAAUCAUUCAUUAGAGAGUGAAUAUAAUGCUAUUCGUAUAUGAACAUGGUUCAUUAGAAACUGGAGGUAAUGGUUAUUGUACACAACCUUGGUUCAUUGGAGACUGUAUAUAAUGUUUAUUUUAUAGGAACUUUGUUCAUAGCUUCCAAGUAUGAGACACAAGUUAUUCAGUUUCUGUUUAUGAUCAUGCCAAAGGAUGCUUAUAUGAUUGAACCAAAUGCCAGUGCUUGACCUACAGGCUAGCAUUAAUGUAACAGUGUCUAGCACAUGCUGUUCAAAUUAGGUAAAGUGGGGAUGAUAUAUAUGUUGCCUUUUAACCUCAGCCAAAUUUGGUAUGUUGAAACAUAUUCUCUACACUCACGGCUAUAGUAUUUGUAAGAAAAUUCACUUAAGUUAAUUGGAAUAAAAUUUUUACUGUACCGUGCACUUGAUAAUAAACAGCUUAUUUCCUCUUGUUGCAUCACUAGGGUUGAAAAGAAUCCAAUUACGAACUCGUAUAAAAGUUAUGCUGGACCAAGU